UCCAUCUUUAAACAUCUUUUUAGUCAUCUUGGAUCUGAAAAGAAAGAAGAAAACGACAAUGCUAAUCUGUACUCUUAUAUGAAGUACGGCAUGUUCUGCUGACCAACUAUUGUCAAAGAGUAUGGGCGCAGGCACGAGACAAGUUGAGAGGAAACGGAUGAAGGUGGAGAAAGUGAAAACGUGAUUUUUUUUUGGUUUCUGAUAGCGAAAAGGAAAAUAAAAAUGAAGUAGACAAUUUUGACAAAAGUGCAAUGAACGAUGCACGAUGCGUUUGAGCAUGCUUCGAUAUUGGAAAGACUACCUUUGACGAUUGAAUCCAUCGCUACAUAUGAAAAUCACUUGCUUGUCGGUACGAGACCAGGUCAUUUACUUGUUUACAAUAUCAAAGAUGGAUCAGGUGAUAAGCGAUUUGAGGUUCAACUCAAAAGAUCUAAUAAACUCUUCUCUAAAAAGCCUAUUCUUCAAAUGGUAGUUGUUUGUGAAUUCAAUCUAUUAAUCAGUUUAUCAGAUAAUGUAGUCAGUGUACAUGAUCUUGAGUCAUUUACGCUCAAAUAUGUUCUUAACAAAACAAGAGGAGCCACUGUAUUUGCUGUUGAUGUUCAGAAACACAAGAAAUCCACCGUGUUUGAUCCAACUCCAACCUUCACCUUGCGGAUGUGUGUUUCGGUUCGGAAGAGAUUAUUGCUGUUUGUCUGGAAAAAUGGUCAGUUUGAAGAUCUCGAAGAGGAGUUGGGCAUUCCAGAUGUUGCGAAAACUGUUGCAUGGGCUGGUGAUAGUGUCUGUGUUGGUUUCAGGAAAGAUUACUAUUUAAUUAAGAUUAACACUGGUAGUUUGAAAGAUCUUUUUACUACCGGUAAAAAUAUGGAACCAAGUAUUUCUGUGUUGAAAGAUGGCAAUCUGCUGCUUGGUCGUGAUGAAGUCACCGUAUUUAUCGACUCAGAUGGGAAACCAGCUAAACGCAAAGCACCUGUUUGGACUGACGUACCACUUGCUGUUGAAUUUCACGAGCCUUAUAUGAUCGGCAUUUUGCCGAAAUUUCUGGAAGUUAGGACCGUGGAACCUCGAGCAUUGGUUCAAAGCAUCGAGCUUUCUAAACCACGUUUCAUAGCUCAUGACAAGUUUAUUUACGUUGCCUCUUCAAGUCACGUAUGGCGUCUUGUUCCUGCGCCACUUCCUAUGCAGAUACAACAACUUUUGAACGAGAAGCAAUUUGAUUUGGCACUUUUGUUAGCUAGCAAAAUUGACGAAGAUGAAAAAGAGAAAAUCAAACGAACUCAGACCAUUCAAUACCAACAUGCGUUUGAGUUAUUUUGUCAGAAACGAUUUGAAGAAUCGUUCAGGAUAUUUGGUGAACUUGAUACAGAUCCGCCUGAAGUAAUCGGUCUUUUCAAAGAUCUUUUGCCGGAAAAUUUUCGAGAACACUUCGAGUAUCCUUCCUCUCCUCCUUCUUUUAGCGGAAGUGAAAGGGAAAGGGGCUAUAAUGCGCUCAUCCAGUAUUUGUUAAAGAAACGAAAUAUGUUGUUGAAGAAUGCUGACGAUAGCAAUAGCAAUCACGAUUCAGCUGAAAAUGCAGCUAAAAUGAAGAAGACAUUACGACAAAUUAUCGAUACAACUUUACUUAAAUGUUAUGUUCACACAAACGAUGCUUUGGUCGGUCCAUUUUUACGUUUGGACAACCAUUGUCAUCCUGUUGAAUGCGAAAAGGAACUUUAUAGACAUAAGAAAUAUGACGAACUGCUUAUUCUUUAUCAAACAAAAAAUAAUCAUAAAAAAGCACUAGAUCUUUUGCUGAAAAAAGCCCAAAAGCCAGGAGCAUCAUGGGAAGGUCCAUCAAAAACCGUGGAAUAUCUGCAACGUUUGGGAAAGGAAAAUUUACCGUUCAUCAUUGAUUACUCCAGAUGGGUGCUCAAAAGUCGCCCGGAAUAUGGUCUCAAGAUAUUCACUGAAGAUAUACCGGAAGUAGAAGGGUUGCCACGUGACCAAAUUGUUUCUCACAUUGAACAAAACGCUCCGCACUUAGUCAUACCAUAUUUGGAGAAGGUUAUCCAAAUUUUUUGCGAGCAAUCCUCCGACCUACACAACAAACUUGUCAAUUGUUAUCGCGAACGAAUUACCGAACUCAUGAUUUCAUAUAAGAAUGAAUUACCCGAAGGUGAACCGUUGCCUCGCGCUGGCAUGGAACCUGGGGAGUUGGGCGAGCUACGCGCUACUUUAUUGUCAUUUCUUCGUGACUCGAGAUUUUAUCAACCGCAGAAUUUGCUGAUUCAUUUUGACGACAGCUUUUUUGAAGAGCGCGCACUUCUUUUGGGAAGAUUGGGAAGACACGAAGAAGCACUUGCUAUAUAUAUUUUUGUGUUAAAUGACAUUGAAAUGGCUUCAACCUAUUGUAAACAAACCUACACCGAAGAAUGGGAAGACAGUAAAGAUGUAUACGCCUGUUUGUUGCACAUGUAUCUGUCUCCUCCAGAUCCGUCCAUAUUAGGGGCGAAAACCGCUGAUCUUAAAGCCAACGUUGAAGCAGCGCUAAACGUAUUGAAAGAACAUUAUGACAAAAUUAAUCCCAUCAAGGCGUUGGAACUACUUCCUUUGACAAUUGAAGUACAAGAAAUAUUCCCAUUUUUGGAAAAGAUUUUGGAAGAGAAGUCGAGUAAAAAAAAAACAAACCAAGUUCUAAAAAGUCUCCUCUUUGCCGAACAUUUACAGAUUCAAGAACGCCGAAUGUAUUAUCAUACUGGCAAUGUCAUUGUAAACGAUGAACGAGCUUGUCGCGUUUGUCAUAAAAAGAUUGGGACGAGCGCAUUCGCAUGUUACCCAAGUGGAGAAAUACUGCAUUACUACUGUUAUGAGACUCCAAAGAAUGGAAACAAGUGAACAGCAGGUGCAAAAUGACGCUCAAACUUUGACAUAGAUAAACAUUCAUAAAUCCAUAGUAGAUUUAUCCACGCACUAAAAAUCAUUUAAGAUCAAAAAUCAUCAAAAACAAUCACGUGUAAAGACAAUGAUGAUUUUCUUUAUUAGAAAUAUUUGGAAGCGUUUA